CCGCCGAGCACAUGAACGCGGCACGUAUCCACACCCCUGUUACUUGUUCUAGUUUUCUGCUUGGAGGAAGUGGCCCCUUUCGCUCUUUACCGCGGGGAUACAAAAUAAUUAACAAACUAUUCUGUUGUUGGAAAAUUAAGCAAUUGUCGUCCCGGAAGAUUGAGAAAUCGUUUCUGCAGAAUAGCACGUUGUAACAACAUAGUUGUAAGAAGAUACGCCAGAGUGGAUCGUUUUGAGCUGGAGUAGCCUAGCCUUGGCUGCUCUGUUUACAUUGGGAUUGUUUUGAUGCGGGGUGUUUUCACGGUGACGUUUUUGCGUGGAAAACGACUAUAAAUCCUGCAACGAUGGCAAUGCAGGCCCAGGUGAUAUAUGACUUCAGUGCUGAACCAGGAAAUAACGAGUUGACAGUCAGGGAAGGAGAGACUGUCACCGUCCUCAACCAGAAUGUUGGUGGAGGAUGGAUAGAGGCUCAGAACUCCAGAGGAGAAAGUGGGCUGGUUCCGGAAGACUACUUACAGGUUGGUGCGGUGUCGUCCAGAACACCAGAGACAGCUACCUAUCCGGUUGCCUACAUCCCAGAGUCCAGCAACAGCACAAACACUCAGGUUGCUAACGGUGACAACCCUUGGUCUGGGGGAGGAGCUUACACCAACGACACAGCCGGGGGAUGGGAGACCCAGGGAUACGCACACACUCAACAGAAUGCAGGUGAUGAUGACGAUGAUGGUGAGUGGGAUGAAGAAUGGGAUGAUGCCAGAUCAACAGGGGGUUAUGGAGAAACUACAGGGGCUUAUGGAGAAACUACAGGGGAGGAGGAAGGACAGGCGGCAGGACGCGACACACACACACACAUGAAGCUAUCCCUCAACAAGUUUGCGUUCUCUAAGAUCCCCAACCCAGAGGUCUACCUGCUGGCUAAACUACCACCCAAAGGCAAAGACAGACUCGCCAUCUAUAUGGGAGAUGUGGGACCAGUGUGGCUGUAUCCCCAGUCUCCUCUUGACUGUGUCGUGGCUGAUCCUAAAAAGGGCUCUAAGAUGUACGGCCUGAAGAGUUACAUAGAGUACCAGGUCAUACCCAAUACGACCAACAGACCUGUCAAUCACAGGUAUAAGCAUUUUGAUUGGCUGUAUGAGCGCCUGUUGGAGAAGUUUGGUUCCGCCAUCCCCAUCCCCUCGCUGCCUGACAAACAGGUCACAGGUCGUUUUGAGGAAGAGUUUAUCAAGAUGAGGAUGGAGAGACUGCAGGGCUGGUUGUGUCGUAUGUGUCGACAUCCUGUCGUCUCCAACAGUGACGUCUUCCAACUCUUCCUCACGUACAGAGACGAGAAGGAGUGGAAGACCGGGAAGAGGAGAGCAGAGAAGGAUGAGUGUGUUGGACCAAUGGUCUUCUCCACCAUCGACCCUGAAGCUCCUGAGUUAGACAUAAUAGAAGUGGAGCAGAAGUGUGAGUUGUUCAGUAGGUUCACUAAGGAGAUGGAUGAUGGAGUUAAAGACCUGCUGAACGUUGGGAACAUACACUGGAAACGCUGCACAGGCCCUCUGCGUAAGGAGUACCAGAAGAUUGGGAAAGCCUUUCAGAACCUGUCAUCUGUCUUCAACACCAGUGGCUAUACAGGAGAGGCCACACUCACAGAUGCUCUCACAGCUGCAGGGAAAACAUACGAGGAGAUCUCACAGAUCGUAGCUGAGCAGCCCAGAAAAGACCUUCAUUUCCUGAUGGAAACCAACAAUGAAUACAAAGGGCUGCUAGGCUGCUUCCCUGAUACUAUAGGAGUACACAAGGCGGCUAUAGAGAAGGUGAGGGAAGGGGAUAAGAUGGUGGCAGCAGGGAAGAUCACCACACAGGAUAAAGUGACCAUGGCUAAACGCACCAGCAUCAUGUGCUACUCACUACAAGCUGAGAUGAACCACUUCCAUAGCAACCGUAUCUAUGACUACAACAGAGUCAUGCAGCUCUACCUGGAAGAACAGAUCAGGUUCUAUGAAACGAUUGCUGAGAAGCUGAAGCAAACCCUGGGCCAGUUUACCACCCUGUAAAGGGAAACACACACACAAACCUUGUUCUUCUCCUUUCUGCUUCGUGGACCAACAACUUUAAACAGGAUGGACUGGUGUCUGGAUGAUGUAGUUGGAAGACAGUGUCACCCUGUGCCUUUAACUGGACUGGUGUCUGGAUGAUGUAGUUGGAAGACAGUGUCACCCUGUGCCUUUUAACUACUCAAGGAGUUAAAGAUAAUGAGGUUAUAUUUUAAUAUUACAGUGCAGAA